AUGAGACAGGGGAUAAAUAUAUAGGUAAAUAUUAGAAUAUAAUUUUACAUAUAAGUUUAAAUUUUUCUUUAUAUUUUUUAAUAAAAUUAAUAACACAAUAAAUAAUUAAUAUGUUAUUUAUUAUUUUAAAUAAAAAAUAAUAAUAAUUUAUUUAUUUUUUAUUUAAUAAAAGGUGAAUUAAAUAACUAAGGAUAAAAACAUGGAAAGGGAAAAUUAUGGUAUUAAAAUGGAGACAGAUAUGAAGGAGGAUGGCUUAAUGACAAAAAGCAUGGUUAAGGAAAAUAAUAUUUUAAAAACGGAGAACUUUUUAUUGGAAUAUGGUAAUAAGGAUAAAGAUUUGGAUAUGGCUAAUAUUUUUUUUCUAAUAAUGAAAGAUAUACGGGAAAUUGGUUAAAUGACAUGAGACAUGGAGAAGGAACCAUGUGGUAUAAUAAUAAUACUAAAUAUAUAGGAACUUAUUAUAAAAAUAAAAAAAUAUGGUAAUGGCAAAUAUAUAGACUCUUAUGGUUAGGAAAAAGAAUAAUUUUGGGACCAUGGAAGAUUACUAGAACCAAAAAAAUAAAAAAAAGACUCUGA